UUGGUAAAUAUGUUCCCUGUACCAGGCCUGACUAUAUUUACUACAGAUCAGGUUGCUCGGGUAUGUGAAACCUUGGAAGAGACUGGAGAUAUUGAACGUCUUGGGAGGUUCCUGUGGUCACUGCCAGUCAGUCCUGGGGGUUCUUCAGAUGCUCUAAAUCACCACGAGUCAGUAAUGCGUGCAAGGGCCUUAGUGGCAUUCCACACUGGUAACUUUGAGGCUCUCUACCAGAUUUUACAGAAUCAUCGCUUUACACCAGAGUCUCAUGCUAAGCUCCAAGCUCUCUGGUUGGACGCCCAUUACCAGGAGGCAGAACAGGUUAGAGGUCGACCCUUAGGUCCAGUUGAGAAAUACAGAAUCAGGAAAAAAUUUCCUCUUCCCAGGACCAUUUGGGAUGGAGAGCAGAAAACACACUGUUUCAAGGAACGAACUCGCAAUCUCUUGAGAGAAUGGUACCUCCAAGACCCCUAUCCCAAUCCUUCCAGGAAGAGACAUCUGGCUCAGGCUACGGGGCUCACACCAACACAAGUGGGGAACUGGUUUAAGAACCGUCGGCAAAGAGACAGAGCAGCUUCAGCUAAGAGCAGGUGA